AUGGGUUUGCCAAAUCGAAGUCAAGCAAGUGCUCUGCUGCCACUUCGAUGUCAAGGCUACCUCUAAAGGAAACAGCAUCACAAUGUCUGCCUCCAAUGCCAACACUAACCGAGGAGGCAAUAUUGUUACUAGUAGAAGCACAAGGGCCAUGAGAAGGUCAAAUAAUAGAAACAGCUAUAACAUUCGACGAGAACUUUCGAGCACUCUGAGCGGGAGAUUGGAACGAAGGCAUUUUCGGGACGAGUGGAUUGACAGCCAACAUGACUUGAACGUUGUCGUUGCACUGGUCACCAAGAAGGACCCCAGCUUGAAGCACAUUAAAAUCAUACAAACCUUCCAUGGGACAUUGGACAUUAGUCGCUUUCUGGACGUGCUGUCGGAGUCAUCACAAGUCGAAACGGUGGCCUUUGUGGGUGUCAACAUGGACGACGAGUACUCCAUCAAGUUGGCAACGGCCAUUUCAAGCUCCAAAUCUAGCUUGUCUUGUCUGCAGUUAUGCCGGAUUAUACCCUCGGGACUUGCCAAGCUCUGUCCGGCACUUUCCACCAGUCAUUCCCUCAAGGAGCUACGACUUACAUUUAACCAUGAUUUGUCCAAGAGCAACACUGCUCUCCUCAUGUCCAACUUGGGAGGCAGUCAAGUUCUGGAAAUACUCAAGCUUUAUUGCAUCGACUUGGACAAUAACGAAACAACCAGCAUGGUGGCAAACGCCGUCAAGUCGGCCAAAUCUCUCACUGAUCUAAGAAUCACGAGCUGCAACUUGAGCGAUAUCACAUGCCUGGUGGAUGCCAUUCAAGGCGUCAAUCGGUUGGAACGAGUUGACUUGUCCAUGAAUCGAAUCUCUGACUUUGCUCCCAUUGCCAAAUUAUGGGAGUGCAAAACCAUCACCUUCCUUUCUCUCUCCCAAAAUGAGCUAGGAGCACAGGAACUUGGCUCGUCCCGUGAAAACACACUUUGGAAGGAACGGCAACGGCAUUUUGACUGUCUUGCCAACAACUGCACCUUGAAAAAAAUGUACCUGGACAUGAACCCACUGAAUCAGGAUCAUGUCGAGCUAUUGACCAAUGCCCUGCAGCAAAACACAACCUUGAUGAGACUGGGAUUGCUCACGCUUACCAUUUCCCAUGAUGCGCUCAGACGCAUUCGAUAUCUGAUAUCGUUGAAUAGUGCCGGAAGAGGAAGGAUCCAACAUGGAUUUCCUGACCAACGGCUGAUGCCGCAUCUACUGGCAAGAUUUUCCAAGGAACCUCACUUGAUAUACGGGUUGCUAACACAGACUCCGCAUGCCUGGAUGUAGUGCGCUUUCAUGCACGCACGCAUACUACUAGUACCAACAAGUAGAAAAGCUCUUUCACUUGUUUCAAAGUAACGACGUCUGCUUCUCCUACAAGCUCAGUCGAGUCUUCUAUUCAUGAAAUAGUGUACUCGUUACGGCAACGCUACUAGCUACGAUGCACAAUGAUACAAUUGGUCGUUUGCUGGCUGCGUGUCUACUAGCGCGUUGAAGACAAGAUAGAACAGUUGCAUACUGAAGAUUGUCUACGGGGAUCCUUGAUGGUACUGUAUAUAUCUACCGUGACUGGUAGCCACCACAGCUACUUGACCAGUAACCUGCAUCCCGAGCGUUCUACAGAUAUCUUGUAAUGGCACUAGCUAGAAUGUACACUCUCGAGAGCUCAAUACGAAGAUUAUAUCUUCUUCUCUGCUUGCAUACAACCUUUGGCCUUGAUCUAUUGUACGAUACUACUG